CAGUGCUCUAAAAUGAGUCUCUCUGGGGAGAGAGAGGAGGGGGGCCCUGCCUCUAUAAUGAGUCUCUCUGGGAAGAGAGAGGAGGGGGGCCCUGCCUCUAAAAUGAGUCUCUCUGGGGAGAGAGAGGAGGGGGGCCCUGCCUCUAAAAUGAGUCUCUCUGGGGAGAGAGAGGAGGGGGGCCCUGCCUCUAAAAUGAGUCUCUCUGGGGAACAUGACACCAAAACUAAGAGUCCAAUCAAGCAGGAGAGACCAGCCUCCCCUGAACCCAGCUGUGUGUCCAUGAAGAGUGACAAGUCUAUGAUGCAGCCUAUAAACUUUAGAGAGGGAGACUUUUCUACUGAACAAAGAAUCUCCAACCAAACUCAGUCUCUUCAGAGAUCAGUCUCUCCAGUUCCCAGUCAUCUGUCCAUGAAGAGUGACUUCUCUAUGCAUCAUCCUAUACAUUUUAGUAAUGGAUCAGGGACCUUUGACCCCAGAAUCUCCAACCAAACUCAGUCUCUCCAGAGAUCAGUCUCUCCAGUUGCCAGUCAUCUGUCCAUGAAGAGUGACUUCUCUAUGGAACGUCCUAUACAUUUUAGUAAUGGAUCAGGGACCUUUGACCCCAGAAUCUCCAACCAAACUCAGUCUCUCCAGAGAUCAGUCUCUCCAGUUCCCAGUCAUCUGUCCAUGAAGAGUGACUUCUCUAUGCAUCAGCCUAUACAUUUUAGUAAUGGAUCAGGGACCUUUGACCCCAGUGGAUGGUCUACUCUGCUAGAGGAUCAGUCCAGGUGUGCAGUGUGUCAGCAGGUGUUGAGGGAUCCAGUCUCUAUCACCUGUGGGCACAGGUUCUGCAGACAGUGCAUCACCAGAUACUGGGAGAAACCUGCUCCUUCAGGAGACUAUGACUGUCCUCAGUGUAGAAAGAGAUCCAGGACACGUCCUCUACUACAGCACCUGACUGAACCCAAUGAUGCAAGAGGCUCUGAAAACCAUAAAGACAGUCUGCAGAGAGCCAUAGUAAACCAUAAAGACAGCCUGAGAAGGAGGUAUGAAUGUGUGAUAGAAGGCAUGGAAACAGCAGGGAACCAAACUCCCCUCAACAGGAUUUACACAGAGCUCUACAUCACAGAAGGAGAGAGUGAAGGGGUUAACAAUGAACAUGAGGUGUGGCAGCUAGAGACAGCAUCCAGGACGCCAACCUCACAUGACACAGCAAUCCACUGCAAUGACAUCUUUAAACCCUUACCUGGCCAAGAGAGAAGCAUCAGAACUGUGCUGACGAAGGGCAUCGCUGGCAUCGGAAAAACAGUCUCUGUGCAGAAGUUCAUCCUAGACUGGGCUGAAGGGAAGGCAAACCACGAUGUGGACAUCAUAUUUGUGCUUCCUUUCCGGGAGCUGAACCUGAUCAAAGAUCUCCAGUACAGUCUUCUCAGACUUUUAAAUGACUUCCACACAGAACUAGACAUAGACAAUGCAAAGAAACUCACUGCCUGUAAAGCUAUGUUCAUCUUUGAUGGUUUGGAUGAAAGCAGACUUCCAUUGGAUUUCCAGCGCAACGAAAAGGUGUCUGAUGUCACCCAGACAUCAUCUGUUGAUGUUCUGCUGACCAACCUCAUCAAGGGGAAUCUGCUUCCCUCUGCUCUCCUAUGGAUAACCUCCCGACCAGCAGCAACCAAUCAGAUCCCCCCUAAGUGUGUUGACCAGGUGACAGAGGUACGAGGGUUCAGUGACCCACAGAAGGAGGAGUACUUCAGGAAGAGAUUCAGUGAUGAGGACCUGGCCAGCAGAAUCAUCUCACACAUAAAGAAAUCAAGGAGCCUCCACAUCAUGUGCCACAUGCCAGUGUUCUGUUGGAUUUCAGCAAUAGUCCUUGAACACAUGUUGAGUACAGACAAGAGGAGAGAGAUGCCCACCACUCUGACUGAGAUGUCCAUACACUUCCUGCUCAUUCAGACCAGCCUGAAGAACCAGAAGUAUCAUGGAAGAGAUGAGAUGGAUCAAGAGGAGCUCAUGAAGUCAGAUAAGGAAAUUCUUCUGAAGCUGGGGAAGCUGGCGUUUGAAAAUCUGGAGAAGGGUAAUCUCAUGUUCUAUGAAGAAGACCUGAAAGAGGCUGGCCUUGAUGUCAAAGAAGCCUCAGUGUACUCAGGAGUGUGCACACAAAUCUUUAAAGGAGAGUCUGUGUUAUUUCAGAGAGUGGUGUACUGCUUUGUGCAUCUGAGCAUUCAGGAGUUUCUCUCAGCUGUCUACAUGUACCACUGUUACACAACCAAGAACAUGGAUGCACUGAAGCCCUUCCUCACGGGAAAGUCUAGAGAUGAGUUUGAAAAGCUAACCUUGGAUGAGCUGCUGAAGAGUACCGUGGAUAAAGCCUUGGAGAGUAAGAAUGGACACCUGGACCUUUUUGUCCGCUUCCUUCAUGGCAUGUCACUGGAGUCCAAUCAGAAACUCCUACGAGGUCUGGUGACACAGACAGAAAGCAGUCCAGAGAGGGUCCAGAAUACAAUCCUAUCCCUUAAGGUGAUGGACAGGUGGGACAUCUCCCCUGAGAGGUGCAUCAAUCUCUUCCACUGUCUGAUAGAGAUGAAAGACCAUUCAGUACAGGAGGAAAUCCAAGCGUACUUGAGGUCAGAGAACAGAUCCAAAAACCUCUCCCUUGCUCACUGCUCAGCGCUGGCCUACAUGCUGCAGAUAUCAGAGGAGGUUCUGGAGGUGUUUAACCUGAAGGAAUACAAGACAUCAGAGGAGGGUCGUAGGAGACUGGUCCCAGCUGUGAGAGGCUGCAGGAAAGCUCUGUAA